CGGAAGUUGGUGAGUUGGGUGGCUUUAUCAUUGGUCCAAGCUUCAAAUAUGUAGUUGAUCUCUGCAUGGUACUGUCCAAUUCAAUCCUUCAAACAAAAAUUCUUCAUGGACUUCCAUUUCCAAUGCGCAGAAGGCCUAACAAUGGAUGCAGAAAGCCAACCUCAAUUGCCUCCAGAAGACAUUUUAAGCCUGACUAAUUCACUUCCAUCAACCCCAAUGAGCCUGCCUUGCCUAGAUUCACAUAUUGAUCCCGAGUUCGACUGGAUAGGUCUCCUCUCUGAUUCCAACAAAUUUGGUGAGCAGAAACCCAUAGCAUCAAAUUUCUCAUUACCACCUGGAAAUGGGGCAUCAGUUAAUGGAGCUAAAAGCAAAGGAAAAUCUAGCAGGGUCAAGAAAGUUAUGCCACCGAAGAUUGCCUUUCAUACUAAAAGUGCCGAUGAUAUUCUUGAUGACGGGUACAGAUGGAGAAAAUAUGGACAGAAAUCUGUAAAGAACAGCAUCCAUCCCAGGAGUUACUAUCGCUGCAUGCACCUCACCUGCAAUGUGAAGAAACAGAUUCAACGGCUCGCAAAGGAUCCAAGCAUUGUCGUUACAACAUAUGAGGGCAUUCACAACCAUCCUAGUGAGAAAUUAAUGGAGAGCUUAAGCCCUCUGCUGAAGCAACUGCAGUUCCUGUCCAGAAUCUAAACACUGACAAGCUAAAAGAACAAAAUGCCUGUCAAGUUACGAUUUACACUUUUACAGCAUGUUGAACAAAAGCAUUCCAUGAAAAAAAAAAAAAAAAGGUUGAACAAAAGUGGAGGGCAGAGAGGGAGAAUGCAGACUUCCAGGCUCGCUGCAGAGAUCAAUUGUACAGAACCAUCAAAUACCAGUUUGAAUUUGUAAGUGACAAUAGUAGAUAGAACAGACCCAAAGAUAACAUAUGCUUUAUAAUCUCCUUAUAGCUCAUUUUUAGCAUCUCUAUGAUGUCAGAAUAGAAAAGAUUGAGAUUC